AUGGGCGACGGCAAUCCUUCGCCCCGGGACACCCAUCCCGGGGGCGGUUUUCGCCACCACCACCAUCACUCCCAGCAGCAGCCGAGGCAGCAGCAGCAGCCGCCGCAGCAGCAGCAGCAGCAUUCCUCGCACUCGCAGCAGCCAGCCCUGUCGUCUCAUGCCCCACAGCACCCUCCAUUCCCUCCGCACCAAGGCAGCCACCACUGGUCGUACUCCUCGGGCCAUCAUCCGCCCCAGUAUCCGCAGCACCCUCCCCACUUCCACCACCCCCACCACCAGCAGCAGCAGCCGCCCCCGCCGUCCUUCCCGCGCCACCAUCAUCAUCAUCAUCAACAUCUCCAUCAUCGGCAACAGCCCUACCGCCCUCACCAGCAGCCUCCCCGCGGCCGGGCACCUGCCAAUCAGAACACCCGGGAAAAGCGCCUGAGCGAGCACAUUCCCCAGCUCCCUGACCUGAAGAGCAUCCCCGACGAGCUGUGGCAAUUCUUCCGCGAGCGCCUGGCCCUCGUUCGGUACCCGGACCCGGGGCUGAUUGUGGCGCACCUGCGGCGAUUGAUGCCGGCCACGGCCGGCGAGCCUGGCACGCCGGAGCUCCUGCGGUCCGUUCUGUCGGAUGGCAUCCAGCGCCAGGACCCGGAGGUCGUGGACCCGGCCCGGCCGGACCCGGAUUCCGGGGCCCCCUUCAACAAUCCCUGCGGGGCUCGGUACCAGCUGGUUCUGAGUGACAGCGACUGGCGGGUUCUCUUUGCCGAGUACUCGGACGCGCAAAUCCUCUUCUGCCUGGUGCGGCUCUUUUUGGAUGGCCAUCGUUUUGGCCGGCCGGUCGGCGACGAUGGCCAGACCGAAGACGGCUGGUCCCGGGCCGCGCCGGCCAUCAACCCCGACACCGGCGCCCGGGUGGAGCUCCACUCCCCGGCGGAUGAUGAGCUCGUGCGCCUGACCUUCCCCUACAAGCACCUGUCCUAUUCGGCCGGCGAUUGCGCGCAGCUCUUCACCAAUCUGUCGCGCUUCUACCUGAGCCCGUCCACCUUCAAGCAUCCCAAGGGCCAUCGUGCCCCCCGGUGGGACGUCCGGUACCGGAGCGACGCCAUGUGUGUCGUCUAUAUGCCGAUGCCCAGCUUCAAAGACGGCCCGCAGGACCGAUGCUUCUAUGUGAUCGGCGACAGCCACUACCAUGUGAUUGAUAUCCUGCCAGACCUGUUCACGGAGCCCGUGCGCCUGCGGGCGUCACGUCGCAAGUUUGGCUCCACAGCCGCUGUCACCAGCUCCCACUGCCCGAACGAGUCGCGCGAGGCUCUGGAUGGCGAGAUUUUCUCCCCCUCCGUGCACGCCACCUGGUACGGCGUGGCCGACGAGUCGAACCAGGCCGCUGACCCGACCGGCCGGUCGCGCUCACAUGUCACGGCCGCACUCUACAGGUGUGUCUCGAUCGCCGUUCAGUUCUACAAGCAAUUCAAGGCCACGCGCAUUCUGGACAUCUCGGCUGGCUGGGGCGACCGCAUGAUCGCCGCGCUGGCGUGCGCGCCGACCGUGCGCACUUACGUCGCAUGCGAUCCCAACCGCACGCUGAUCGAAGGGCACUCGCUCAUUCGGCAAUCCUUCUCCCGGUAUCUGGAGGAAAAGCCCCCCCAGGACCAGGAGCCUGGGCAGUUUGCCCCACAUGCCGCGGACUUCCGUGUGGUGUAUGGCCCCUUCGAGUCGUCGGACCUGAAGCUGGCCCCGGGGCAGCGCUUCGACUUGGCCUUCAGCUCGCCGCCCUACUUCAACUUCGAGAAGUACACCUUCGACCAGACGCAAUCCUGGGUGAAGCACGGGUCCAGCUCGGACUCGUGGCUUGUUCGCUUCCUGCUCCGGUCGUAUUCCCGCUGCUGGUCGCUGCUUGAGGAUGGCGGCCACUUGGCCAUCUACAUCCAAGAUGUGUCCGAUGAGCCGAUCUGCGAGCCGAUGUCGAUGUUCGUGCUGGCGCACCUGCCCAACUCCUCGGCCCGCGGAGUGUACAGCAUCCUCGGCGGGGUGGGGAAGUCGCGCCCGGUGUGGGUGUGGCAGAAGCAGGCCCCCGGAACAAGCCCCUUCGCGGCCGAGGGCCGGCUCCAGUUCCCGACCGGGUCCUUUGCCCCGGUGAAGCCCGGCGAUCUGUCCAUUCCCUUUGUGCCCUGGUCCAGCGGCGCCGAGCCCACCUUCGACGAGCGGGUGUCGCGACUUCUGUCCUUGGCAGAUCGCCGACGCAUCGACGACGAGUUCGAUGUGCACUACCCCAUCGCUCGGCGACUGCUCUUCCUCGGUGGAUCUGACGCCACCGACACCACGGUCCCACCGCCGGAUGUGGUGGCCUUCAGUGGCCGGACCCAGGCCAUGCAUCUGUCCGAGGGGUGGUUCGAUGGGGGCUUCGACAUUGCCCCCCUGCACGAGGCAUCGGCCGAGUUGCGUGCCGAUGCGGCCAUCCUCUUCCAGCAGGCCGGGCUACGGGCUGCCGAGCUCAGCGAAAACUAUCCCGUGGCCUCGGUCCGGGCCAACCUCGGCAGUGAGGCCUUCCGGGCGUUGGAGGACCCGCCGCAAAUGCAGGACCUCUUCCCGGCGGCCUCCGGCGAUUCGAAGACCUCGAGAAGCUCGGCCGAUGCGCAUGACCCGGCUGUGGACUUUGUGUGUGACUACCUGCGCGCUGGCCAGGCGGCCAUUGUGGCCGGCCAGCCGGGCCCCGGCGGCGAGGACCCGGCCGAUGGCCGGUGGUGGGUGGCCACGGCCCGGUCGACCGGCUUCGCGGUGGGUCUUCUCCGAGCUCGGCGCGUGCCUGCCGCCGGUGCGGCCGGCGCCCCUGCGGCCGAUGUCCCGGGCAAUGAGGCUCCGGCCGAAAUGUGGCUGGUCAGUGACUUUGCCGUGGCCCGUGCCUGGGACACGGACUACGCCGCCAUCAGCUACGCCCUGCUCCGGGAGUUUGUCCGGUCGGUGGCUCCAGCCGACGGGACGGCCGGUGCCUGGCCGCUGGUGCGCUUCCGCUUCUGGCCGUGGAUGCGCAUCCGUGGCGCGCCGGACUCGGAGCUUUCCGAGCCCCAGCACUAUCAGAGCCCCAAUGCUUUGGUAGAGGCACAGCGUAAGUUCAGCACGCUGCUCCUGGAGUGCAUGGCUCCGGGGGCCUCUUCCGAGGGGUUCGAUGCGGGGCUGCUCAGCCGUAUGUGUGACUCGGUCCUGGAGCACGCCAAGGCCCUGUGGACGACAAGCCGCGGCCGGUCCUCGGGCUUGGACAUCAAGUUCCCGGCGCGCCGGGGCGCCGUGGCCGCCAAGCGCACCAUGCGUUUCAGGUGA